GCUAUGAGCUAUGAGCCUAUGAGCUAUGACUCUGAUAUUAGUGAAAAAUGUUUAAAAACAAUAUGCGAUUCAAAACGAAUAGCAAUUAAGUUUUUAAAAUACAUCAUUUUUUAAAUAGUGAACCAACCAGGGUUCUAGGACUCUGCUAUUGUCGUUUGUCAAAUUGGAUAGGAAUAGAAAUAUAGAAAAUAGAAUAGGUUAGCAUUUUGUUGGAAGAAUAUAUCGAAAUCUGCAAACCCUGCUUCCAUUAUUCAUUUGCAGUUGGGCUGCAGUCUGUUGGCCUGUAUCAGUGUAUCUGUACAUCUGUACCUGUACUGUGAGCACUGACUGUAUGCUGUACCACGAUGUAACAAGAAAUGGAAGUAUGAAAUAUGGAAUAGAACUCUGUUACAUUGUGGCUGUACUGUUCCACCUAUCUGCUUAGGCACCAAAACCAACAUCGUCAAAUCUCCAGCAAUUUCUGUCCUAUGGCUAUCCUAGCUGACCGAUAGACCUGCCAAGUGUCAACCAUGGCUGAUGAUGAUGUUUUGGUGAACUACCACAACUCUCUUUUGAGACGAUCGGAUGUGAACCUAUUGCGAAAUGCACACUGGUUAAAUGACCAAGUGAUUGGAUUUUGGUUUGAAUAUUUAGAAAAUUCCAUUAUGGACAAUUCAGUAUGCCUUGUCUGUCCAGAGGUUUCACAGUUUAUCAAGUUGGGAUCCCCAUCAGACACUCCCAUUUUUGUUGAUCCACUUAAUCUCAGCCUACGUUCUUUAGUUUUGUUUCCUGUAAAUGACUCCAUGUUUCUGGAUCAUCCAGGAGGUUCACACUGGAGUUUACUGGUUUAUGAUGGUUUGGUAAAGAAAUAUUACCAUUUAGAUUCCCUAAAUGGGGCCAAUUUAGGACAUGCUAAGAAAAUAGCAAAUAACUUGCAUCUUCCCUAUGAAGAAGUUGUUGAACUCAAAUGUACUCAACAAGAAAACUCCUAUGAUUGUGGUGUAUUUGUUUGUAGUAAUGCAGAGAAUGUGAUAAGGCAUUGCUUGGUAAAUAAAGGUAUGUUAAUAUCUCUAUCAAUUUUAGAUUCAGCAUUUAUGAAUAAGCAAAGGAGCCACAUGCUUCAAGUUGUAUUAACUUUGUCCUGCAAAUGAUUGUAACAUUAAAAUCAGUAUAGUACACAAGAAGUAUUCUGCA